GAGGAAAAAAAAAAGAGAGAGAAAAUCCAGGUUGGUGGGCUUUGCUUUUACUCGCCUGUCCCGGGUAAGACCCGGUUUUGGUCCUGCUGCAGAGGUGAUUCUCUGCUGGAGGCACAGAGUUACAGCUGGACACAGGGCUCGAGCACACCUGAGGAAUAUCAUACCCUUCCUUCCUUCCUUCCUUCCUUCCUUCCUUCCUUCCUUCCUUCCUUCCUUCCUUCCUGGGAGUAAACGUCAAUGACGUCAAUGGGUUUCUACUCCAGGCAGAUUUCUUGCGUGGCUUCAAGCUGACCAAGGUUGGACUUUUGUCACCUCAACCAAAUUGGGACCCAAAGCCAGUAGACACAAAGAAUUGUGUGGGAAGGGAAGAAACCGAGCUGGACCAAAGCCACUCUGGCCUGGAGGAGUUGAUAUGGCCUCCAAGGAGGAAGAGGAAGACUUGAUGAGCCCCCGAGAUCAACAGGAUUAUCUUCCAGUGGAACAACAGGAGGAGAAAGCAGAAGGACAGAGUGUGGCAAGUCCUGGAGAUGUUUCUGAAGGAACUGGGGUGAGCAACCAUGUCGGCCUGAUGAAAAACGAAGAGAAAACAUCUCAUGGGAAAGAUGUCCCAGGGAUGGAGGAAAGGUCUCCAUCUCAACCCGGGCAAGCUCCGUUCCUGGCUUCCCAACGCUGGGACGAUUUAUUUCUGACCUCCAUCGAAAAGGCGGUCAACGCUCACCCUGGAAAAUGGAUGUCCCAGCUCAUCCCAGGCCUCAAAGACGAAGGAGAAGCAUUUGAGGACAAGGAGAUUGGAGACUACGGGAAGGUGAAGGCAGCCAUCUCGCGGGUGGACGCGAUCAGCACCGAAGUCCAGCGGCAGCAUUUCCGACGGUUCUUAUACCGAGAGGUUGACGGUCCCCGGGAAGCCUGCAGCCGUCUCUGGUUCCUGUGCCACCGGUGGCUGAAGCCGGAGAGGCACACCAAGGAGCAGAUCCUGGAACUGCUGAUCCUGGAGCAGUUCUUGGCCAUCCUGCCCACGGAGAUCCAGGGCUGGGUCAAAGAUGGCUGCCCUGAGACUUGUGCCCAGGCAGUGACUCUGGCUGAAGACUUCCUCUUGAGCCGACAAGAAGUUGAGAGGCCGACUCAGCAGGUGCCUGAGUUAUUUGAGGAGAAGGGGGCGAGCUCCCCAAAGGCCAGCGACCAAACCUUGUCAGACGCUAAGCAGAGUCAACUGUGUUUGGAAGUUAAACAGGAGCAGCCUCUGGAGGACUCAUCUUUAGGUGAUCUCUGCACAAGUAAAAACGAUGCCAGGCUUCCCCAGCUGCCAAGGAGAGAACCUGAGCUGCUGCCCGAGGCAUCCGAGGGAGGCACCCCGGACUCCAUUCCCGUUUCAGAUGAGCAAGGAGCCCUCUCUGAAAAUCAGCAGAAGCCAGAACAUGCUAGCUUGAGAAAACUUCCAAGGAAGAGGGUUCAAAACUCCAUUUCUUUGGUAGAGGGUUACAAAAAUCUCGGCGUCGCCCCAGCAGAAAAGAAAAAUGCCGAUGAUGAACCAGCUGUCAAGAUCAUUAUAUGCAAAGAAACUUUUAGCCAGGGUUCCGAUCACGCAGGGGAAAAAGUCCACAAAUGCUCGGUGUGCGGAAAGUGUUUCAGUCUUCGUUCGCGCCUGAUUGUCCACGAGAGAACCCACACGGGCGAGAAACCUUACACGUGCUUGGAGUGCGGAAGAAGCUUCAGCGUCAGCUCCAGUCUCAUCGCCCACCGGAGAACCCACACGGGCGAGAAGCCCUACAAGUGUUCCCAUUGUGCAAAGAGUUUCAGCGUGAAGUCCGGGCUGAUCGCUCACGAGCGGACCCACACAGGAGAGAAACCCUACAAAUGUCUGUACUGCAGCAAAAGUUUCCGCCGCAAUUCGGGUCUCGUGAGCCACCAGCGAAUCCACACGGGAGAUAAGCCGUACCAGUGCUCGGUGUGCGAGAAAAGCUUCAGCGACAUUUCCAACCUCAUUACCCAUCACCGGAUCCACACGGGAGAAAAACCUUACAAGUGCUUGGAGUGCGGGAAAAGCUUCAGCCAGAGCUCGUACCUCAACAGCCACCAGAGAAUCCACACGGGGGAAAAGCCAUACGAGUGCGCCGAGUGCGGGAAGACCUUCAGCGUCAGCUCUCGGCUCCGGAAGCACCAAAGGAGCCACACCGGAGAAAGACCUUUUGUCUGCUUGGACUGCGGGAAAACGUUCAGCGAGAGCUCUGAUCUUUUGGCCCACGAGAGGGCGCACACGGGAGAGAAACCCUUUCGCUGCUCCUUUUGCGGGAAGAGUUUUCUCCGUAGCUCCGAGGUGGUGAGCCACGAGAGAAUCCACACGGGCGAAAAACCGUACCAGUGUGGGGAGUGUGGGAAAAGCUUUAGUGUCAGCUCGCGCCUCAGCGCGCACCGGAGGAUUCACACGGGGGAAAAGCCAUUCCAGUGCGUGGUGUGCGAGAGAAGCUUCAGUUACAAAUCCCACCUCAUUACUCACCAGAGAAUCCAUACCGGGGAGAAACCGUUCCAGUGUUCUGUCUGUGGGAAAAGUUUCCGGGGCAGUUCCAGCCUAGUGGCGCACGAACGGACUCACACCGGAGAGAAGCCGUACCGGUGUCUGGACUGUGGGAAAAGCUUUACUCAGAGCUCAAACCUCAUUAGUCAUCAGCGAAUCCACACAGAAGGGAAUUCCUGAGAUCUCCCUCAGAUCUCUGUGGAUUCUCAGUAGGAUCUUUCUUUUCUGAGGGAGACAUCGGUUCUUAGGUAUUUCGCCGGCAGUUCCACCUCUUCUCCAGGAGGGGCGCAUUUUCAGCAAUUAUGCACUAACAAAGGGUUUCCUUUCCAAACACAAACUGGCACGUGUGUGUGUCCACCAAUCUACCCAGACCAAAAUAUGGGUAGUUUGGGGAGGUGCUGAUGGUGCGAUGCCCAGAGAAGGUGAUCAGAGGGGUAAAUACAUGGUCACACCUUCUGUUCAGAAUCCACUUCGCAUCUGCACUGCAGGGCUGAGGGAAUCUUUUCUUUUUCCAGAAAGAGAGAAUCCGCCAGGUCUGGAAUAGAAUGAAUACUGUAAAGGAGGACUUCCAUUUUUGUUUUGAGAUCUGAGAUCCGACUGGUUGGCUUUUUAGUUCCUGGAGAACCUAUAAGAACUAGAUGAGGAAAUUCCGCUUGGAAGAGAAGGGAAUUCUAGUUUACGGGAAGCAAAAUGGCACCCAAAUCUCGUGUUUGAAGUCAAGGGCUGCCGUAUUUUUCAAGUAGAGAAAUAUUAAAAGGAGCGGGUGUACGCAGGUUCAUCUUCUUAAGGCUUGAUAUCUAAAUUUAAUUACAGAAUUAUUUGGGGAGAGGGUUUCUAUUCCUCCCCCCCUCAAUUCCCCCAUCCUACCCACCCACCCCAAAAAUUCAGGGCUCUGACUUUAGAAAGUUUCAAAAGAUUGAUUUGGCUGACUUACAGGCCUGUCUAUUCCUCUGAUUCUCCAGAGAAAAGGCGGAAAAGGAACUGGGGGAAGUAUUGGAGGUAUUUCAGAAAUGUCCCAAAAGUGCUUUUUUUUCAAGAGGCAACUGCACUUUCUGGUUUUUUCUUUGAAGACGUUUCGCUUCUCAUCCAAGAAGCUUCUUCGGCUCUGACUGGAUGGUGGGAACUAGAAGUCAGAGCCGAAGAAGCUUCUUGGAUGAGAAGCAAAACGUCUUCAAAAGAAAAAAACAGAAAGUCCAGUUGCCUCUUGAAAAAAAACACCUUUGGGACAACCAUGUCCUGGGAUGACUGAGAACCUCCAUAGAUAUUUCAGAAAUGGUUUUCUACUAACAAAAGAGAGGGUUUCCAUGACUCGCAGACCCAAAGAUUCGAACUCUUCAAAUUUGACUGUUGCAUACAGGUAGUCCUUGACUUAUGGCCACAGUUGGAGCCAGAAUUCCCGUUGCUAAGCAAGACAACUCUUAAGCGUACUUUACCUGAUGUUAUGACCCCUUUCCCCCCAGCAAAAUCACUGCAGUUGUUAAAAGUGAAUCUGUUCUGCCCCAGCUACGGACCCCAAAGAACACAGCACACACAAAGUCUGUACAAAACUUAAAUUUACUAAAAUAACUUAGUCUUUUCCAAAAAAGGCUGUUAAGAAACUUUCUUAACAGCCUACAAGAAUCCAAAGAUAAAGUAAUCACAAUCUUACUAAGGUUGGCAGAAAGCCCAGAAGCAAUUUGCAGAGAAUCCAGCCACGAAGGAGAAUGAACUAAAGUUGUUCCCUGCAAAUUGCCUCAGUCGUCGUCCUUUCUUAAACAGGCUAAGGGAGUGGCCAAUUAGCCCCAAGCCUUACUCUCGAGGAGACUUUCUCCUGAGGAACCACUCCUGCCUUUUGGCAGCUCUGCACACCUGUGCAUCGAGAAGAGGCUCCUCCUCUUCUUCCUCUUCACUUAUUGGAGGUUCUGAAGGCCCUGGCUGAAUCCCCGCCUCUGGCACCACAUCUUCUCCAGCCUCCUCAUUGUCCGACUCGAGUCCCAGCUGCACAGGCUGCUGGUGCAGCACCACACCAGUCUCCUUGCUGUCGGAAUCAGCUACAAUCCACACAGGCCGCUGACGGGCCACAAAAGAAUCAAAUGGUCAUUAAGCGAAUCUGGUUCCCUCCAUUGACUUUGCUAAGAAGGUAAAAAAAGGCAUUUAGGUGACUCUGGGAUGCUGCAACCAUGAUAAAUACAUGCUGGUCACCAAAUGCCUGAACAUUGACCACGUGGCUGUGGGGAUGCUGCCUGAGUUACAGAUGGUCCUCGACUUACAACAGUUCGCUUAGUGACUGUUCGAAGUUACAACGGCCCUGGAAAAAAGUGACUUAUGGCCGUUUUUCACCCUUACGACCAUUGCAGCAUCUCCAUAGUCAUGUGAUCUACAUUGGGACCAGUGGUGGGUUGCCCCCGGUUUGGACUGGUUCAUAAGAACCAGUAGUAAAGCCAGUGGGAAGCUCCGCCCACUGACCCGGAAGUCAUCAUAAGUGACCUGCGCAUGCGCAGAAGCUUCUAUACAUGCGCAGAAGAGCGCGAGUGAAGUGAGCGGGCACGGGCGCGAUGCGAACCGGUAGUAAAGGUAAGUAGAACCCACCCCUGAUUGGGACGCUCGACAACUGACUCAUAUUUAUGACGGUCGCAAUGUCCUGGGGAGUCGUGCGAUCCCGUUUUGCGACCACCCGACGAGCCCAGUCCAUGGGGAAGCCAAAUUCGCUUAACAACCGUGUCACUAAUUUUAACAACUGCAGCGGUUCGCUUAACAGCCAUGGCGAGAAAAGAACAAGAUCCGCCUGAUGAAUGUUGCGAAAAACCAGGCUGUGAAAUCAGGUGCGUUCCUGUGGUACCUCACUUAAUGACUGCUGCAGUCCCAAUUGCGGUUGUAAGUGCAGGAAUACAUACGUAGUUCAACCUUGGCCUACCUGAUCGGUCUUCUCUGAUCGGAGUCACGACAUAUUGUUGAGCCAGAACAGGGGUUGGUUUGGUAUGUCCUUGGCCCACUGUACAAAAUCAGCCAGUUGCAGGUAGUCCUCGACUUACAACAAGUUCAUUUAGUGACCGUUUGAAGUUACGACGUCACUGCAAAAAAAGUGACCGAUGACCAUUGCAGCAUCCCCAUGGUCGUGUGAUCAAAAUUCAGAUGCUUGGCAACUGACUCAUAUUUAUGACGGUUGCAGUGUCCGGGGGAUCACAUGUUCCCCUUUUGCGACCUCCUGACAAGCAAAGGGGAAGCUAGCUUCAUUUAACAACCAUGCAUAAUAACAAUUGCAGCGAUUCACUGAAGUGUGGCAAGAAAGGUCAUAAAAUGGGGGCAAAUCUCACUUAACAACCGUCUCACUUAACAGUGGAAAUUUUGGGCUCAAUUGUGGUUGUUAUCAACAAAUCAAGAGGCAGCAUAAUGUGAAUCUAGCUUCCAGUGUUUUCCCCACUGAACUCUCUUCCUGGCGUUUGGGUAAAAAUAACAAAUCAUAUUUUUAAUGUUCAGGCCAAGGAGCAAAUCUUAGGUACUUUUUUUGAAAAAAAACACAACAGAUAAAGAAAGUCUUGGUUAAAAAAAAUAAAAUCCUUACAGGUUCUAGACAAGACGCAUGGUUUAAAAGUGAGAUAUCCAAUUAUAUUCCAUGUGCAAUUUGGAAGUCCAAUGUGAUUCGAUAUCUCCCAGCUGGUGGGGUAGGGAGCACUUCUACUCUUCCAACUAAACUACUCUUAAUUUUGGAAGUAAUAAACGGCCCUGUUAAAAGGGAGGGGUCUGGCUUUGUCUGGUUAAGAGAGGUCUCCAAAAUAAAAAUGUCAUUCGCAGUUC